UAAGCUUCCAGUCUUGAUCUCCCUCUUCACCUCACUAGUGGUAUCAGAGCUCUCUCUCAAACGAGCAUAACUAAUGGCUAGUGAAUCCUCUGCAACUAUCACCUCUCCUCCUAUCUUCACUAAUGCCGCCAUCCCUAUUGGACAAAAGACUAUCAUCACUAUCAAUGCUGUUGCUCAUUUUCCUCUCAAACUCACUCCUAGCAACUAUCCCUCUUGGCGGGCACAAUUUCUAUCCAUCCUCACAGUCUACAAAUUAACUGGGUUUCUUAAUGGAUCUAGGCCUUGCCCACCAGCACCAAUCGGAGAGGUUCCGAAUUCACCCUUUGAGCUUUGGAUCCGUCAAGAUCAAUUGAUCCGUCAUGCUAUCCUUACAUCAGUUUCAGAACCAAUUGCUCCUUACAUAUAUGCUACUGAAACUUCACAACAAGCCUGGAAAACUCUAGCCAAUCUCUAUGCCAAUCACUCAAGAUCUAGAGUUUUUACACUCAAGGAGAGGCUUCAAAACACUCGCCGUGAAGGCUGCACUGUCUUUGAAUUUCUUCAUCAACUCAAGGUGCUCGCCGAUGAACUUGUUGCAAUUGACAAACCUCUUACCAAUGAUGACUUGACGGUGUAUGUACUCAAUGGGAUAGGCCCUGAAUUUCGUGAGAUCUCCGCUUCGAUACGUGCUCAAGAUGAGCCACUUUCCUUUGAAGAACUUCAUGACAAACUAGUUGCCCAUGAAGAAAGCAUGCACAGGGAAGAAACUCGAAUUGAAAAUACACCAGUGACUGCCCAUUUUGUUGCUAUGCCCACAAGGAGACUUGCUGGAAUUUUGCCAUUGCCACAAAAUAUACAACCUUUUGGAUCAAGCCAACAAAUGGCAGGAGUCAAUCAACUUCUCAAAAUCAAAUUUUCCCUGAUCUCACCAGUGUUCAAAUCUCUAAUUUUUCUCCUUCAAUUCCAUCUCAGCCCUCCAUCAACUCAGCUUCUCCUUUUCCUUCUCCUUCUCCGGCACGGGACUCAGCUCCAUCCUCUACUCCUCUCCCAGCCUUGCCACCGCCAGUGCCCUCCGCCACUGCCACCCCAACUCUGUAAGACUUCGUCAUCCCAGUCUUGCAGGAUGCAUCGCCUCCCAUUGCUUGCGGUUCAGGUCUGGUCCGCUCUCCCUCCUGCUCAUGUAUUUCCCGCUCUCUCACUACUUCUUAUGUUGCCGUCGACUCCCCUCCCUCUCCCUCUCCCUCUCCCUCUCCCUCUUCCUCGUCCCUGUCCCCUGUCUCCUCCUCGUCACCGGCCUCUGUCUCGUCUUCCCCAGCCACCGACUCCCCUUCACCUGGAGGAUGAAGAGGCAAUGGAGGACAUUAAUAGGGUAGAGAAGUUUGUAAUGAUUGCCAUUUGUUGCAUUCAAGAUCACCCAUCUCUGAGACCCACUAUGAAGAGAGUCUCACAGAUGCUACAAGGAACUGUUGAAGUUUCUUAUCCUCCAGUCAAUCCCCAUUCAUCAGUUUAAUUUAAAUAACCUACCAAAGCCCCAUGAUCAGUUAAUAGAGGAGUGUGAUCAAUAUUAUUGGUUCUUCAGAUUCAUGGGGUGAUCUCUGUUGAUCUUGUGAGGCUUUCUUCUAGAUAUUCAUAGUUACAUGUUAGUUGAAGAAAUGUGUUAGGGCUGUGUUUCACCUAAAUUUUUGAACUCGUGUAUGUUUAUGUUUGACUGCAUUAUUCAAUAGAGAUUACACCACUUG